CAGAGUUUCUAACCUAACCUCACUUUAACCAAAUAAAUAAACUGCAUUCAGCAGUGUGAGAAUAGUUUCUUAAUUCUUAAGCUAAAACCUUCUGUGUUACGCAAAAAAUGGCUUAUAAACCACAAAAAGUGCAAAAGGUGAUGGUCCAACCCAUCAACCUUAUCUUCAGAUACCUGCAGAACCGCUCGAGAAUCCAAGUUUGGCUUUAUGAGAACGUCAGGCUCAGGAUCGAGGGCCACAUUGUGGGAUUCGACGAGUACAUGAAUUUGGUGCUCGAUGACGCCGAAGAAUACUACCCCAAGACCAAACAAAGACGUCAACUUGGCAGAAUAAUGCUCAAGGGUGACAAUAUUACAGUUAUCCAAAUGGUGAAACCAGAAAGCGGAGGAGGAGCACCUAGCUAAAUAUAUAUAUAUUUCUGUGUACCUUUAAUUUUAAGGCGAUUUAUAAACUAACUUGCUUCACUAUCUCAUUCCCAGGUUAUCUGAAAUACAAACAGUUUUCACAGUAACAA